AUGUCGGAUUUUGAUUCAUUAGGGUCCACGGCUACCCUGGACUCCGAGCCUACACGCGGGUCUCUCCAUAUCUUCAUCCCCCACAUCUUCGGUGGCGCGGUGCUUGUUAUCAACGCAUGUCGAGUCAUCUAUGCUCGCUAUCAAGCCCGACAAAGAGCAAAUGACUGGACAACACCCCAGUGUCGCUUGCACUUCUUUUUGUUUGUUCUUCUUGCCGUAUUGAGCCUCGGACACACAUGGUACCAUAUGGUUUCAUGGUUUGCGCAAUCAUAUCGCCAUGUCAUGGAGACUCGGUUUCCAGUCGAACACCAAACUCUCUCACUGUUUUCAAAGAUGAGAUUGUGGCUGCUUAAUGUUAGGCUUUUCAAGGAAGCCUACGUAGCUGUGACUAGAUCCCCGGCCGGGUUUUGGUGGCUUGAACAGACAUUCCUCUGGUCGAUAGGAUGGAGUGUUUUUGUGGGCGUCAUGGGUCGCAAAUACAAGAUUCCUUAUCUAUGGUCCUAUAUUUUGAUUGACCAAUUCGUGGCACCGUCGUUUGUGUUCAGCUUGUUCUUUGCGCUUAUACUCGUAUCCUCGAAGUUGCCAUCUGGUCAAAGUAAGGGCAAAGCGGACCACGACCAGGAUCAACCAUUGUCCGCCAAUUCACACCUGAUUUAUGAGAUACUACCUGUUGCAGGGUCAUUGCUCUGUACCGUGGUCGUUCCUUUUGUCGGAGGCACUAGAUAUCUUGUUCCACUUGUGCUCGUCCCGCAUGUCUGUGUCUUUAUUCCCGUGUUCGCGCGCCCUUCGCCGUCUCCUGUCGCUUUCAAGGCACCUGCCCAGAUCGCGUAUCACAGGGAGCAAGAUAUGAGUCGAUACGUCGCUUUCUUCCAGGCCUGGUUUGCUAUUUCUGUUCUUCUCCAGGCUCACUCGACCUAUGUCGUCCUAGAAAGCUUAGGAGGUAGUGCGAACCCUGCCUUGUUCCCGGACUUUGUGCGAAAUCUGAUUACCACAAUGUACGAACAUCCCGCCGUGACCUGCUGCGCAUGGGAUGCCGUUCACUUGAUUAUAUCUGUGAGCGCGUGGGCCUUGGUCAACCAUGGCAGCCUGCAACGGAUGCUGUGCCGCGAAUAG